AUGACUGACGCUCCAUAUAGUCACAAUGUUCGUCUUGUGAACAGCAAGUCAGACGUGGACCCGUAUUCCGCAUUUUCUGAUAUAUUUGGCCAGGAACCGCCACCAGGCCGUUUACCAACCCGAGAUCCAUUAGCAACCUCUUCGCCAACCCAGCAACAUCGCCAUCCGAGAGCAAAGUUACCUCCACUACAAACCAAGAAUAAUGCACGCGCAAACAGUGGCCCGCUUUAUAGUUAUUCUCCCACAGGCGAUGUUUCGUCCCCCGUGCACCCGUCUAGCGAUGCGAGCCAUCCGCCGUAUCCCGUAGAUGGCACUCCCUCUCCAUAUGGCCAGAAGCUCAAUUCACCCAUAAACAUGCCAACUGCUGCCCCGCCUUUACCUGCUGGCGCUGCGCAGGUCCAGCAACAAGCAAACGUAGCGUCAAACGCAGGAAUGUGGCAGUCGGGGCGAGGAACUCCAUCAAACUCGUUGCAAUCCUCAGUGGGAGGCUUAUCGUUGUCCCAAAGAACUGGAUCAUCUGCUUCUCUGGGGCCUCUCAACGAAGUAUACAACUCUAGUGCUCAUCCUAGUGCUGGAGCAACGGCCAGGGACUCGGCAGCUGCCGGCUCAGCUAGCCGGGGAUAUGGCCAACAACCUCAACGUACACAACGUUCCGUUUCGACGACUUCUAAUUUCCAUAUGCCGUUGAGCUCUUAUCGUGGGCAGGAUCAACGUGCAAUGUCCCUCACUGGAACCUCGACCACUCGGGGCGGUCGGGCCAUCCCUCAGCGCUUUUCGGAUGUUUUUGGUUUCCACAACCAGCAGCAGCAACCCUCUCAACAACCGCCAUCUACAGAUGAGAGCCCAACGGCCAGUGCUCGUGGCAGUACGUAUUCGGCAGGCAGUACCCUGGUGGGAUCGGGCCCUUACACUGGUCCCGGCGCGCCCACGCGCAAAAUGUCGAGCAGUACGAUCUCUUCUAUGUCCACUGUUGCUAGAUCUGCUAUUGUAACUACCUCGCGCAAGGAACCUUUGGUUUACCCUGCUCUGCUAUCGCGGGUUGCUGCUAAAGUCCGCGAGAAGCUGGCAACCGGUGACCAUAUCAAAAACGAACUCACUUACAAAAAUGCCUUCACAGGAAACGAGGCAGUGGACGUCGUUGCAUAUAUUAUCAAAACCCCUGAUCGGAACUUGGCUCUGCUGCUGGGCCGUGCCCUAGACGCGCAAAAGUUCUUCCACGAUGUCACUUACGACAACCGCUUGCGUGACUCUCCCAAUGAAGUUUAUCAAUUCGCAACUUCGGCUACUUCCGAGGGUGAGGUAGGGGCUAGUGACUCUUAUGUCAAUGGUGUGUUCACACUCCUGGCCGAUUGUUACUCCCCAACAUGCACCCGAGACAAGCUUUGCUAUUCAAUAUCUUGUCCUCGACGACUCGAGCAGCAGGCUCGCUUGAACAUGAAACUGGAUCCGGGUCUUCACACACCCGAUUCAGGAUUGUCCCUGCAGGAAGUUGACGAGAAGCAAAAGCUGUGGAUCAACACAGUGUCACCUGAAAUUGCUGAAACAGUACCUAAAGAGGAGCAAAAGAGACAGGAGGUCAUUUGUGAGCUUAUUUAUACCGAGCGUGAUUUCGUCAAGGAUCUUGAAUAUAUUCGCGACUUUUGGAUCAAACCUCUAAGGCGGCUCAACGUGAUUCCAGAGAACCGUCGCGAGAAGUUUAUUCGCACAGUUUUCUUGAACGUGCUGGAAAUUCACAACGUCAACAUCAAGUUUGCCGAGGCAUUGACGAAACGACAACAAUUGAAUCUAGUGGUCCAUCAGAUCGCCGAUGUUGUUCUCGAAUAUGCACCUCGUUUUGAGCCGUUCAUUCGUUAUGGUGCUUCCCAGCUAUACGGAAAGUAUGAGUUUGAGCGUGAGCGAGCAGCUAACCCUGCCUUCGCCAAGUUUUGUGAAGAGGCAGAGCGGGUUCCUGAAGCCAAAAAGCUUGAACUCAACGGUUAUUUGGCUAAGCCCACGACGCGUUUAGCAAGAUAUCCAUUACUCUUGGAGGCUAUUCUGAAGCGGACAUCACCAGACAAUCCGGAUUAUACCAAUAUCCCCACGGCGGUGUCCACAAUUCGCGAGUUCCUGAUCAAGGUCAACCAAGAGAGUGGCAAGGCUGAAAAUAGGUUCAGUUUACUGCAGCUGAAUCAGUCGCUUAUGUUCCGUCCUGGAGAGUAUAUUGAUUUGAAGCUUACCGACGAAAAGCGUCAACUACUCUACAAGGGUGAGAUGAUGCGACGCCCUACAGAAGGUCCAUUAUAUGCUUAUUUGUUUGACAAUGCGCUUUUGUUUGUGAAGCAUAAGAUGGUUAAUAAACGCGAGGUGCUUAAGGUCCACUCCAAGCCGAUCCCUCUUGAGUUGCUUCAACUGGCUGAAAGCGAAGAAAUGCCACGAGGGUUCCGGCGCGGUCCCAACAUCAUUAGGUCUAAUGUGAACCGUGGUGAUAUUUUCCCGCUUACUUUCCAGCACAUCGGACGUCGGGGCUACGAGUUGACACUGUACGGACCUAAUUUCCAAGCCCGCAAGACAUGGGUGGAUCUUAUCACCAAGCAGCAGGAACAGCAGCGCAAACAAGCAGACGUGUACUCGCAGCACAUCUUACAGUCGAACUUUUUCCGUGCAUCUCUGCGUAUCAACUGUGCAAAGACGUACGAUGGAGGUCGUAAGAUCCUGUACGGCACAGACCAGGGCAUUUAUUUGUCGGAUAUCACCUACGAAGAUGAGCAGCCGCAUUGCUCAACACCUCAGCUGGUCGUUCAAAGCACUAAUGUCACCCAAGUUGAUGUUCUGGAUAUCUACGGAAUAAUCUUGCUUCUUUCCGACAAAACGGUUUAUUCACUGACUCUAGACAUGUUGGAGUCGGGAGACCCUAUUGCGAAUUCGCGUAGGGUCAAGCAUAUUGCCCAACCCGUGAACUUUUACAAAGUGGACGAGUGCAUGGGCCGCACGCUAUUGUGUGUUGUCCGGACGCAUUCGCUUUCGUCGCAAAUCCGGGUGCUGGAGCCUGCGGAUCCCACGCGGCCAGUGAGUAAACGUCCACCCCUGCGUCGACUGCUGACUGCCGGCCAGCAGCAAUCUUCGGAGGGCUUCAAGCUGUUUAAACAGCCCGUUGAGGUUCCGUCUCAGAUGCUGUCAAUCUGCUAUCUGCGGCAACAUCUGUGCCUGGGAUGCGCUAAGGGCUUUGAGCUGUUGGGGCUGCACAACAUGAACAUUGAGUCGCUGUUGGACCCGGCUGACACCUCGCUGGACUUUGUGAUCCGCAAGGACUCGCUGAGGCCCAUCUCCAUCUACCGGCUGGACAAGGAGUUUUUGCUAAACUACUCCGACUUUUCGUUCUUUAUCAACUCUUCCGGCUGGAGAUCGCGACCAAACUGGAUGAUCCAAUGGGAAAGUGUGCCCCAGCACAUUGUUCUACGCUACCCGUAUCUGGUUGCGUUUGAGUCCAACUUCAUUGAAAUCCGCAAUAUGGACACUGAGCUUUUGCGAGCAAUCCCGGGUGAGAAUAUCCGCUUCUUGCAGGAGUCGACGCAUGAAAUUCUCUACGUGCAUGAAAACGAGAAUGGAUUCGAUGAGGUUGUUUCAAUGAACUUUUGGGAGAAACAGCGUCGAGUCAAUCAAGUAUCUUGA